CAGCAUUGCGUCGUCUGCUCGAACGACGUUGGGAGACAUUGCUGUAGGAUUUCCUCGGGGCGUCGCUCGCGCGCGCGCGCGUACCCACUCUAGGAAAGGUAGCGGCGGGCGGGGAUCUAGCGACACGAUUAUCAUCGUUGCCUCCGCCGGCACCGCUCAGCACAGUGAGGAUUAAGUGACGCGGCGCAGCGCACGUCGUCGUCGCUCUUCUCUGAUCCGCGAGGAGACUUCCGAGUGACGGCCCGUGUGCCAGUGUUCCGAGUGCGCGUAUCCGGGCGGCUGGCUGGCUCUCGCAUGAGUCCCUCCUCGGCGAGGACGUGGCUCGAGAACAGCGCCGGCUCAGAGUCUUUAUAUAGGGUGACGGACGCUUGCGAUCUUGAGAUCGUGAUAAAGAGUCACGGAGAUAAGAGGAGCCGUCGAGGCUACGACGGAGAGAAGAGUUGCCGGUCGGCAGUCAGCUAGAGGAGUUCCAGACGCCGAGAUUCGACCGUGGAGGAGGUACGCCGAUUGGAAAGGAGGAAAUUAUAGGAGGCGCUCUGCUGGCUAUCAGUUUCAGAAAUGAUGAUAGAGGAGUCGAGGAGGUCGCAGCGGCCCUACAGGUACGGAAUGGUUUUACUGUGCGUUGGCGCCCUGAUAAACUGGUUGGGCCUUGCCGAGAAUUACGUGGAGCCCGUGAGGUACGUCGGGGUUGCCUGCAUCGUCGCCGGUGCUCUCCUAAUAUGCGCGGCCAUGUGCUGCUGGUUGCACGCCCCACCGACGAGGUCGAGCUCCCAGACGCAACGAACGACUCAUCCCAUUACUGCCCAGAUCGACGAUCCGAUCCACGUUAUUGCCGUGGAGGAGCCGUCCUCGGGCUCCCGACAGAAGCCUCCAGAUUACGAAGCCGUGGCAGACGCGCCCCCAAGUUACGACGAUGCCAUAAAGCUGAAUCCUGGACAGCUGACUAGAACGAAUAAUCGGAGCAUUGUCGGCGCGGCCACGACGAUGAAUACGAUACCGGGAAGCGUAGCGAGCGUCGCGACGACGACGCCCGUCGCCCUUGUCGUCGAGUCGUCGACGCUGACACCGCCACCGCCGUAUGCGAGGUGAAAUUUCAUACCGGAAGCUUUGCGCUUCUUGUGGAACGGACUCAGGACGAUGCGCUAGGUGGACUUCAUUAUAAAAUAAUGAUAUCUGUCCAUGGCGUGCGCCAGCUAAACUCUCGCGUUUCUGAACUGAAAUUAAAUAAACAGGGACAUAAACGAUAUCAUACACCACGUGGUGGUGUGAUGUGUUGGAUGUACAUAUUAUACAGGAAAAAUAUAUAUAUAUAUAUAUAUAUAUAUAUAUAUAUAUAUAUAUGGAAGAAGGCUUGCAUAAGAAAUUAUCUGUUAGUUCGAUUGGAAAAUGCGCUCUGCUUUUUUCUUUUACAUGUACUAUACAUAUAAAACAGUCUGAGUAUUAUAU